AGAAACCAUCCGGCGGAAGUGCCAGUGGUGCUGUCGGCAAUAGGACCCGGCGUUGCAGACGAGUACUACAGCAGUGACCGCCGUGCGCACAGGGCAUAUGUAACGCCGGUAGCUUACACUUUGCCAGCGGCUGCACGGUGCCCGGGACCUCUGCGUGUUAUCUUCAACGGCUAGGCCCUGCUCCCCAAUGGCUGGCAUCAAAGGUAUAUUCCCCAGACAGCAUUACAGCUCUGAUCAGCCUUUCAUUUGGAGGGGCAAUUGGACUGAUGUUUCUGAUGCUGGGAUGUGCGUUGCCACAAUAUAACUCCACAGGUAGAAGGCACUCUGAGACUCGUGAGUUAAAUCGUGCAACAGCAGACAGUGUUGAUAGCCAACGUUUCAGCAUGUACUGGCCACUGUUUGUGCUUUUUUUCUACAUAUUGGCACCUAUUCCAUACUGCAUAGCAAAGCGAGCUGUAGAUGAGACGGAUGCUGCAAGUAAUGCAUGCAAGGAACUGGCAAUAUUCCUCACAACCGGCAUAGUUGUCUCGGCAUUUGGACUGCCUGUUGUGCUUGCCCGAGCGCAUGUGAUUCUUUGGGGGUCAUGCGCACUGGUUCUCACUGGAAACGCGGUCAUCUUCUCUACCAUUUUAGGCUUCUUCCUAGUAUUUGGAAGCAAUGAUGACUUCAGUUGGCAGCAGUGGUGAGGUACAAUGCAGAACUGCUCUCUGCAGGCAGCCAUGACUGACGCCAGCCAGCCAUUAGAUAAGACAGAGCUCAGAAAGAACUGUAGCGUCACUCUGGAACUAGCAUGUGGACUCUUGCCACAUUGUUUAAUUCAUGCUUUUGCCAUGGAUGUGCAGCAUAGCUUGCCAGAACAUUGCUUUAACCAAGAAAAAAUUAGUACUUCCUUGGUGUAAUUAAGAUGUUCAUUUGUAUUCAUUAUUUUUGUGAAGGUUUUUUUUUUUUCCUUUUUUUUUGUUAGAAUAACUUUCUUUAUUAUAAGUGGUUCUUGUUAAUACAUAAUUUUUACAACAUUGUUUUUUUUUUUCCCUUCUUUAUAAUGGAUUUUUUUAUUUUUUUCAUUCCUUGCAUGAAGUGAAGUCUUGAAUCAAAUGAGAAAUGCCACAAAAUGCACUUUUUUAUUUUAGUUGGUUAAAUGUAGAUAUUUGUAUUUUCUUAGUUUUUAUGUGUUUUAUACAUUUUCGCAUCCCAUACGUAUGACUCACUGAGAUGUAUUUAUUUGGGGUUUUUUGUCCACUUUAGAUGCUCCUUUUGUUGAUGGCGUAAAACUAAUUUUUUGCAUAUUCUGUAAAGAAAAGGCUAAACGCCAGCACUGAUUAGCUGUGUGUCCCAAAGCACAUGUACAAUAAUAAAUCGAGAUUUUGGUGAAA